AAUCAUCUGAUCUUUUAAUUUUUUGGUGGUUGGGAGACAAGAUGGGGAUUUUUGAUUUCUGAAGUUUUCACAAAAGUACAUUUCUUUGACUUCUAUCUUUCUGUAUUCAUAUUAAUCCAUCUCCCAUCUGUCCUCUUUGUGGUUUCUGUGGUGUUGGUGUCAACUUUGUGCUGCAUUUGCAAUUCUGAAUGAGAUCCAUAUUAUUUUUGUGUUCCUAAUGAGAAGCAGAGUGAUUUAUUUAUGACUUUACUGGCUGUAACAGCCCUUAUGCGCAGUGUGAGCGUAUAUGAUUUUGUGUGUGUGUGUGUGUGUGUGUGUUUUACCUUUCUUGGAGUCAUGUCGCUCAGUAAUUGCUGAUGCAACUCUUUGUCAUCCAGGGUUUGCCCUCUCCUCCUGUGAACCUAUGGGAUGAGUUAUAUUCAUCUUGGCUUGUCCCUAUAGGGAAGAGGAAGGGGCUGUAAGCAUGAGUAUGUCUCAAUGAGUGAAGAUGAAUGUGUAUUUAUGAUAGUUUGUUAGUGUGUUAUGAGUGAGAUGAAGAUGGAAGAAAGACAAGGAUGUAGAAUAUGUGAAUAUGAGUCAGUGUGUGUUUGUGUUUGUACUUAACUGUGAUGAGGCAGGUGUUAGCAUCCGCUCCCAUGCUGGGAACAGCUAGGUUUGAAACCUCUCCACCUCAUUACCUUUAGCAGAGUAUAAUCAUCAUCACUAUACACCAGACUCAUCUAUAUAAAACUUGCAUUGGAUACGGUCAUUGGAUACGGUUCAAAAUCACAGGGAGCUUUUGAGCAUGGUUUUGCUGAGCGUAUGGGGAGUUAAUGCAGUGUGUGCGAGAGGAAAAGAGAAUAAGGACCACAAGAACCCCACCCCUCCUUUCCAACCUAGAAGGUCAUGUCAUAUGCAUUAAACAUGGUAACGCUACAUUUGAACCAACAUGUAUCAAACAAACCACUCCUAUAACUGACACCUGAAGAACAAUGCACAGUAUUAAAAGCAAUAAACCAACAUCUGGCACAUAAGCCCUUUUUGGCAGACAGAGGGUCUCGUACUUACAAUGGUUUAAAAUAUCACAUACAGAAAUAAUGGGUCCUUGAUGUGGUGGGGGAAAGGGUAAGCGCUUUACUUUGAAGCUACCUUUGUAAAGUCACAAUUGCAAAUAUCAAUUUCAGCAGAUGAUCUAGUCUUGUCACAAAAAGGUGUUUCACAUUAACCCAACAGCUGCCCAUUAGGAACCAGCAAAGCCACUCAAUUUAAAGUGAAGGGCAAGAACAGCGGAGAUUGAAAAUAAACAAAAUAUACGUCAGGUAGCCUGUUAUCAUAAUGCCUUUUUUCGUCUUAAACUUCCUGAAAUAAACUUAAAAUACACAAAGUGAUAUUCCUCAGCUUAUUUAGUCUUAUAUUUACAUAUUAUUUACUUAUAUUUUAUUCAGUCUUUUUACGAGGAAACAUCAAAAGCACCACAUUGUCACCAUCAGUUAGAUUAGCACAAUGAAUAACACCUGAGAGAAGAAAGCGAUGACUGAUAUGUAAAAGCCGAAUGAAGGCUUUAAUAUCUCCAAGAAUUCCCAUACUUUGCUGUUAGGCGAUCUGUGAAAGGCAUCAUAACAGACUUUCCGGUUAUUCCUUAAGCACAAUCGUCUCACUCGGUUGGCUCUCGGUCGGGCUCGCGGUUGAGUCACAUGUUGCAACGUCACGCAGUAGUUACUGUAGUCGCGAGGAGGAAUGAAGCCGUCAUUUCAAGCUCGCGAGGUCUCUGAACGCGCACUACACUGCGAGCGCUCACCAUGCCAUCCAACUGCUUCAACCCAACUCCAGAGGAUCCGCUCGGUCAUGGGAGUCCAUUACCUCAACCGUGCAAUUUCCACCAUCAAUAAUUUAAUCUAUUUGCUCCAAAGCUGAAGAGACAACUUGCAGCUGCUUGUCGAAGAGCGCGCAAAUAUCGCAAAAAUAGUUACGCGGAGGGCUUACCCAAAACAUCCCAGAUGACACAGCCCUGGUGAAUGGUCUCCUUUUCGACUGGACAGUAAAGUUCCAACAGGUUAGAAGAGUGAUGACCAUCCUGUUCGUUACUAUGGUUAUUUCAUACUUCAGUUGCAUGAGAGCUGCGCCCAUGAGAGAGAUCCCGGGUGUGCAGGGGGGCCACCGGGCUGAAGGCUACCUGGGCGCUGCUGCCGCGGCGGCCGCCGCCGCCGUCACCUCGGGCAGCCGGGGCCACGGGACUCCACAGAGCGGUGGGGGGUUGCCCUCGCUCACGGACACUUUCGAGCAGGUGAUCGAGGAGUUGCUUGAGGUGGAAGGGGAGGCAACGCAGCAACUGGGCCCCGGGGCCGACCAGGGCCAAGGAGGGGGUGGUCCCGCAGCAGCAGUCGCAGCGAACUCGAAGGACGUUGACCUGUAUGCCUCGCGGGUGAUGAUCAGCAACCAAGUGCCUUUGGAGCCACCGUUACUCUUUCUCUUGGAGGAAUACAAAAACUACCUGGACGCCGCCAACAUGUCGAUGCGCGUGCGGCGGCACUCGGACCCCGCGCGGCGAGGGGAGCUCAGCGUUUGUGACAGUAUUAGCCAGUGGGUGACAGCUGUGGACAAAAAGACGGCCAUAGAUAUGUCGGGCCAGACAGUCACCGUUCUGGAGAAGGUCCCCGUGACUAACGGUCAGCUGAAGCAAUACUUUUACGAGACCAAAUGCAACCCCUUAGGGUACACAAAGGAGGGCUGCCGAGGAAUAGACAAGCGGCACUAUAACUCACAAUGCCGGACAACCCAGUCUUACGUGCGAGCCCUUACCAUGGAUAGCAAAAGGAAGAUCGGCUGGCGGUUUAUACGGAUAGACACUUCGUGUGUAUGCACAUUGACCAUAAAGAGGGGCAGAUAGUGUACACAAUGUAUAGAUUUUAUUGAGAGUUCUAAAAAAAGAGAAAGAGAAAAGAGAAAAUAUCUAUUUGUAUAUAUACAUAACAGGGUAAAUUAUUCCGUCAGAUGAAAAUUUUAUGGACUGCAUGUAAAAAAGAUGAAGUUUAUACAGUAAAAGUGAUACUACAGUCUAUUUAUUGAACAUAUUCAUGACCUUGUAAACAAUUAAAAAAGAUCUGAUCAGUCAUUUGCGCCCAGUUCAAAUUACUAUAUCACAUUCCUCAAGACAUUGUGUUUUUUACGUUGCCAAGAUUUUGAGAGAUGAGGAGAGGAGGGGGUGAGGAAGAAUUACGUUCAAGAAAAAAAAAAGAAAAAACUUGCAUGCUGCUUCAAUCGUGAAUUGAAAAACUGUCCACUUUGGGAAAACAAGGAAAUGAUUUCCGACCAAAACAUUCCGUUUACAUUCUCAACCGUAACAGGAUUUCCUCCUCUAAGUACUCUUGUCUGUUUACUAUCCUCAAUUUCUCAAGGUAAUGUUGGAAAUACAUACUAUGUCAAGGUGCUGUUGUCAAAGCUUUGCUGUUUAUUUUUUUAUCCCCACAAGAUGAAAAAAAAUAUAUAAAAAUAUAUAUAAAAUUUAUUCAUUGACAUGUGUUCUGGAUUAAUAUAAUUCAUUUUGUAUGUUGUGAAUUUGUUUGCAAUAUUAAAUUGAAAUAUUUGAAGAAAUAAAAUUACU